AUGCUCACCAUCGCCAUUACGGAUCGUUCCUUUGGCGUGCGAGCCAAGAGCCAUGCUCAUCAUCGACUGUCCAACCGAUGCUCGACGGACGACGACGAAGAAGAGCUGAGCUGCUUCGACAGCCUAUCGCUCAGCAACGCGCUCGAACUCGAACUGGGCACCGAGCUCGCAUCCCUGCUGCCGGCAUCGAGAGGGUGCACGGCUGCACAAGCGCACGCCUCGUCCAAGUCGUGCGCGACGACAAGCAAGGCAUCAGCUCUGCAAGCCAGACCAACUCACCUGAGUCUAAAGGGCCUCUCGACGGUGGGAUCUCAGACGCCGAGCAGGACGCCACCGCCUUCUUACGUGUCCAUAAACUCGCCACCUCCCACCUAUUUCUGCCAAAUGGCGGACGAGAGGAUGAGGUGCGAGACGGGGGAAGGAGAAGCCUGCAAGCUGCUGCUCGUCGAAGCUUCUUUGGCUGCCGGAUGGUCUGCAAAGGUCAAGAGACGACGCGAGCGCAAACUUUCGAGGACGGAGCCUGCAGACUUGCAGUCGGCCGCGAUGGUCCGAUCGACGGUGAAGGGCACCGCGCACACGUUCGAGGCGCAGGACCUGCACGCAUCGUUCGUCGCGCAGCGCGACGCAUGGUCCAACCAAACACCUCGUAACGACCCAGCAGCAGCAGCAGCAGCAGCAGCAGCAGCAGCACCGCCAACCGCGGUGAAUGCGCGCGCAACCGGCUCACCACCAUCUCCGACCGACACGGCUCGCAUGCCCUUCGAUGCGUCGCCGACGAGUUCACUCAAGCGCACCUCGAGCUCCUCCAGGUCGAGCGUGCUCAAGCAAGUUCGGUUCGAGGAUGAAGAGAAGAAGAGGCUGUGGAAAGAGUCAAGAGUGGGCAAAGGAUGGAGAUUGGGCAGCCCGACGACCGUUCUUCUUGGUUUGGCUUCGCAAACGGCGUAA